UCUUCAAUGGAUCUCUGUCCGCUUGCUGCGAACUCACUCGCAUGGACCCAAAAACGAUCAGAGGACAAGUUGAAGCUCAUCUGUGAGUUUCGAUCUGGCUCGAGGCUCCCCAUUGGUGACCGUACAGAUGGGGAGAUGGUGUCAGUGAUGCUUCCUGCUCGUUGCACUGUCCAUGAGUUGAGGAUGUACAUCUCUAUGCAGAUGCAGAACUGCCAUCCAGAUCCAUCUGCAAUACUGGAUCCCGAAAGGUACACUGUACUAUUUUCCAAGGGAAAAGACUGGUAUGAGGCCUAUGACGAUUCUCAGAUCAUCAGGACACUUGAUAUGACACGGUGGUAUGAUGACGAUGUCCUUCUAACAGCCCACAUUGUGCUGAAGGAGACGGUGGCGGUCGACUGUGAGAUGAAACAUAAACGGAAUCAGUUUCUUGCCUUCUUGAUCGGGCACGAUCUGGAAAAAGAGGCAUCAGACAAACACUGUGAACUCGCAUACACCCGCAGGAAACUGGCGUGUUCCAGAAACCAAGAGCUAAGAAAUCGGGAUGACACAUUGUACAACACGGAGCCUUGGGUAGCAAACACCCCGGUCCCGACUGACUUAAAGCACUUGCUAAAUAGAAAACUCUCUGUUACCCUACAUUACAUGGACCAGAUCAGUUUCAGUAUACGUGUGGAUUUCAGUGCCACACCUGAUAUCCUUCUUCAAUUUUUUCGAAGUGUGAUGGCGCAAGAGAGGCGUCAAAUCUCAGACACCUUGGUGUUAAAGGUGACAGGAAGGGAAGAGUUUUUGUCCGGGGACUACCCUCUAAAAGAUUUCCUCUGGGUGCGACAGUGCUUGAAAGAAAGUCAAGGUCUCCACCUGUCCGUAAUCCCCAUCUCUCAGCUUGUUCAAGAGACGGUCCACUUGGAGGACUCGCCACUAGUUGAUGCUUUCGAUGGCUCGUUCCGUUCCCAUGAAGAACUCUGCCUCAAAGGGAAGGAUCUGGAAGACAUCUACAUGAUAUCCUUGUGGGAGUGCGACAGGAAAUUCCGUGUCAAACUUCUCGGCAUUGAUAUCCCGACGUUUCCCAACAAAGUCCCUCGAUCGGUCUAUGUAGAAGCAGCUAUAAUAUUUGGUAGUUCGGUUAUCUCCUCGGUGUCUUCACCUCCCAAACUCUUCACAGAGGAAGUAUUGUGGAACGAGUGGCUGUGCUUUGACGUGCUCCUUAAGGACCUACCUCGUGGAGUCAAGUUGGGCUUUACCAUUAAUGCCUGCAGUUGUGACACGCCCCCUGGGAGUGACGACACAAAGGUGUCACCAAAUAAAGAUUCUAAGUCGCCUACAACCCCAGUCUCCAAAACGGUAGACCUGCAGAAAGGGAAGGCAAAAGUGCUCUACUUUGUCAAUCUUCUCCUGAUUGAUUACAGGUCAUUCCUCAGCCAGGGAUGCUUCACAUUGCACAUGUGGUCCAACCAUGACAAUGAUGAUGAGAUAAUCACUUGCCAAGCUGAUAAACUUUCCAGUGCUACUAAUCCAGACUCAUCAAACGCAAUGGCAAUCAGCUUUCUUCUUGACCACUACAGCUUCCCCGUGGUUCUCCCAACCAGCAUUAGCCCCAAUGGAUAUUCUGGUACUCCCAAUACUAGCAUUUCUCAAAGCAAAUCUGCUCCUGUCUCUGUACCCAACACAGAUUCCUUCAAACCAGUACAAGGUGAAGGAAAUGAACCUAGGACCUCAAUAUCUGCCCCUCAAAGCUUCUGUCCAAUCAAGGCUGGUCUAAGUAGAUUAAAGGAAACAGAUGAUUGCUGUGGUCCUAAUCUACCCCAGUUCCUUCGCACUGUCGAUUGGACCAACAGCAGAGCGGUUGAAGAAGUCCACUUGUUGUUGGCAAACUGGGACAUGGCAGAGCUGGAUGUGACCGUGGCCCUGGAGUUGUUGAGCAUGGACUUUGCAGAUGAGACAGUCAGAAGAUUAGCGGUGCAGAGACUGGAGAGCCUCUCCAACGACAGUGUUCUGAAGUAUUUACUGCAGUUGGUGCAGACCAUCAAGGUGGAACCUUACCAUGACAGUUUCCUUGCUCGGUACCUUAUCCAGAGAGCCCUGAGGAGCAAGCGGAUCGGCCACUUCUUCUUCUGGUACGUGCGUGGCGAGGUAACGUCCUGCCUGUAUUUCCGUCAGCGUAUGGCAGUGCUUCUGGAGGCCUACUUGCUGGGCUGUGGUCAGGCCAUGCUGGAUGGCUUCGCUCAACAGGUGCAGGCUGUGGACACUCUUCAGGAGGCUGCGGUCAUGAUUAAGAAGGCCUACCCUGAAAAAAGGGACAUUCCUCCUUCAGCUUCUCUAAAACUUCAAGAAUUUCUUCAGGACAGCAGGCUGCCCACUGAAUUCCUGCUGCCUUUGGAUCCCCGGGUCAAAGUAGGACAGAUUCUGCUUGACAAAUGCAAGGUAAUGGCGUCAAAGAAGAAACCACUGUGGUUGGAGUUCUCGCCCAUACCGUCACCUACCUCUACUACACCUGUUGGGAUCAUUUUCAAACAGGGGGAUGACCUCAGACAGGACAUGCUGGUAAUUCAGACUUUGGCAGUGAUGGACUCAAUCUGGCAAGAGCAGUCUCUGCACCUCAACCUGGUCCCAUACGGCUGCAUCUCCACAGGACACAACAUAGGCAUGAUUGAGAUUGUCAGGGAUGCUGCAACCAUCGCUGCAGUCCAGAGGAGCCAGGGAGAAACAAAUGGAUUCUUCAGGAAUGAUGCCCUCUUUGAAUGGCUCAAAUCCAAGUGUUCUCUCCAGGAAAUCCACUUCAAGACUGUAGAUCGGUUUGUAAAGUCCUGUGCCGGCUACUGUGUGGCUACAUAUGUACUAGGCAUUGGGGAUCGUCACAAUGACAACAUUAUGAUCACGGAUCAAGGCAAUUUGUUCCACAUCGACUUUGGCCACAUCUUGGGCAACAGGAAGCACUUCCUUGGUGUGAGCAGGGAGCGCGUACCAUUUGUCCUAACACCAGACUUUCUGUAUGUCAUGGGAAGGGUCAAAGGCGGCAAUAGCCUCUACUUUCAGCGUUUUCGGAACGUGUGCACCCAGGCAUAUCUUGCUCUUCGCGCACACUCUCGCCUGCUGGUCACCCUCUUCUCCCUCAUGCUCCUCUCGGGCAUGCCCGAGCUGAGCGCUGUAGAGGACAUGCGCUACCUGCGGGAGGCGCUGCAGGAGGACAAGAGUGAGGCAGAGGCCGAGGAUCAUUUCCUUCAGCAGAUUGACAUGUGUGAGCAGCUGGGCUGGACCGUGCAGGCCAACUGGUGGAUCCACCGGUUGGCAAAUAGAUAAAUGAUUAAGCAUGUUGUGUCAAAACCUACAAUGACACUUUUUUUAAAGAUAAUGUCAGUCCAUGAUGUUUUAACAUGUUAUGAUGAUUAUUAAAACAGUUUCAUCUUUUACAUUAGAGUAUUGUGUGUUCUUUAACCGGUAAAUGCGACUAUACUGCUUGGUCAAGGUACAUUCAUCUGCGAUAUUGU